GGGCCGGCCAGCUGUGAGCUCCGUGCUGGAUGCUGCUCUGCUGCUGCUGCUCACAUCCAUCGUCUGCUGAGCUUCAAGGCUGGAUGAGGCCAGGCCAUGGCACAGCCAGAGCUGCUGUGGGCAGCCGCUGCGCUGAUGCUGCUUGGGGUGGCUGUGAGUGCCUGCGUCAGGUGCCAGCUCUAUGCUACAAAGCGAGGAAAGGACAGCAACCAGAGGAGUCAGCUGGAACGCCCGCAGCAAUUUGAGGUGAUUCGGUCCUACUCUGCUGUGACCCAAAGGCCAGAACGGAUCAAGGAACCCAAAAACUUGGCGAGGAAAGCCCCCGAGGAGCUCAGCACCUCCUGUCACGUUGGCUUUGAGAGCAGUGCUGAGCCCCGCUACCAGAACUUCCUGACAGAGGACUGCCUACAUGGGGAUGCUGCCUACGUGGAGCCUAUCCCACUGGAUUACUACAGCCACAACAGGUUCUUCUCCCCACCCAAGGAUGAGGACUCACAUUCCUACCAGAACGUCGUCAUUAGUGAUCCUUGCAGCUCUGAGCUGGAUGAUGCAGAAGACUACGAGAACAGCGCAGCAAUAGAAGUCUGGAAGGUGCAUCAAGCAGAAGCCAUGCUGCAUGCAGAGAGCAAGGAUGAGGAGCCAGACUACGUUAACACAGACCCAACAAUAGAUGCCGUCCUGCUGUCAAAGUGAAGGAGCUACAAGACUCACUGUUUCCCCCUCUGAUUUCAAGUGUUCUGCAUGAAGUCUGAAGAAGCCCUUUGCCGAGCUGCACAAGCCCACCCAGCCAGCACGUACAUCGGGAAAGAGGCGUUUUCCAUCUCUCAGUCACAUCUUUUCCCCAAAUUGUGCCUGAGAUCACACAAGUGUCAUUGAAAAGAAGAGAUGCUUUGCUUGAAGCCCUGACAUCCAACAGCAAGGAUGCGACCGGAAGAAUUUCUGCCCAGCAGCAAAGCCUGCCCAGCAGCAGCACCCAUGGACAUGCUGUGAACUCCUGGUCCCGUCUCCCUUCCAGGCCUGCGUGCUGGAGGGAGCACGGCUGCUCUGUGCAAUGCUGUCUCCUGCCAAGCGUGAAAUGAUUCUUUAAAUUGCCGAGCUGCAGUGCAGCCAACUACUUAAUUUGUCAGGCUGACUCAUGCACGGCGGUAUUCAAAGGCAGGGAUUAGGUUUUGAUUUAGUUCCUACGCUCUCCUCCAGAAGCUGUUUCCUACAGGAGAGGAACUGGCAAGGCAGAGGUUGCUUUUACAGCAGCAGUGCUUCUCUGGAGCUCAAUGAGAUACCAGACUGUUACAAAAGCUAAGGACUAAAGAGGAUUAAGCCCUCAUCUGCAGCUUGUAAUUCACAGUGUCUGUGGCAGUUCUCCUUGUCUUUCCUUAUCUGCUUUAUAACGAUACAAAGACGCUGCAACGACUGAUGAGGUUUGAUCCACUGCUGUCAGCCUCACCAACUGCAGCACUGUUUGAGAUUUGGAACAUCAGUCCUGAAGUGUAACCUCUUGGGCCCUCGUGCACUGAUCUGGCACCAUCUUAGCACUUAUUUAUUAAAAUUGAA